AUAAAUAGAGAGAGAUAACUCAGAAAGACUAAGAAAAAAAAAAAAGAUUGGAAAGAAAGAUAUAUAUUUUGAGAGAGAGUGAGAGAUGGAGGGAAAAGAGAGCAGUACUAGUCAUCCAUUGUUGAGUGGGAAGAGGAAACAGGGUUGUACUUACAGCCAUGGUUUCUCUUCAGGUCAGAUACAAACAUUGGCUGCCAUGUGUGAGGCUUGUAUCCCUCCUCUUUCGAUGCCAUGUGAUAGCAUCGACAAGGACAAGGAGAACCCAGUUGACCAGAAGCCUCUUCAAUCCUUUUACAGAGCUUCUGGGUCUCAACCUCCACUCCCUGAUGAGGUGGCCGAGGUGAUUGCGAAGAGGUGUCUACCACGGGCUGUGGUUUUAUUGAGAAUAGUUCUGAAUAUACUCUCGUUCAGAUUAGGGACACUAUUGCUUUGUGGAUUUAGUUGCCUUGAUUGGAGAUGGCCAUUUAUUCUUAAGUUCUCUGAUAUGUCUCUGGAGAAGAGAGAAGAGAUUCUCAAGAGUUGGACAAGGAAAAGGGGUCUGCUACCCUUUAGAUUGGCGUUUGUUGUGAUUAAAAUCUUCUGCUUGUAUACCUUCUUUUCAAUGGCUGAUGAAAAUUCAGAAAAUGCAUCAUGGGAAGCAGUUGGAUACCAUAUUGACAAUAGGGAAAAGUUGACCAAACACCAAAAGGAGAGGCCUCUUCAGAAGGGAGUCAUAGAAACUAUGUAUGAAAAAGACUCUACAUUUGUUCAGUCUCUCACACAAAAAGGCCUUGAAGUCAUUGAAGAUACAGAGCACAAUGUGUGCAAGAUCAAAUGUGAUGUCAUUGUUGUUGGUUCUGGUUGUGGUGGAGGGGUUGCAGCUGCGGUUCUUGCAAGCUCUGGCCAAAAAGUAGUCAUCCUUGAGAAAGGGAAUUAUUUUGUACCUGAAGAUUUUUCUUCCCUAGAAGGUCCUGCCAUGAAUGAGCUAUAUGAGUCAGGUGGAAUUUUAUCAACUAUUGAUGGUAAACAUUUGAUCUUUGCCGGCUCCACAGUGGGUGGGGGCUCUGCUGUAAACUGGUCUGCAUGUAUUAAAACACCAGAUUCAGUUCUUCGAGAAUGGUCUAUGGAUCAUAAGAUCCCACUUUAUGCUAGCUCUAACUAUCGAUUUGCCAUGGAUGCCGUUUGUAAGAGGAUUGGUGUCACAGAUAAGUGUGUGGAAGAAGGCUUUCAGAAUCAAGUAAUCAAAAAAGGGUGUGAGAAUCUUGGUUUGAAAGUUGAGGCAGUCUCAAGGAACUCUUCAGCAGAUCAUUACUGUGGUUCUUGUAAUUAUGGUUGUAGAACAGGAGACAAGAAAGGCACUGAUUCAACUUGGCUGGUAGAUGCUGUGGACUGUGGUGCAGUAAUCUUGACAGGAUGCAAAGCUGAGAGAUUCAUAUUGGAGAAUGGAAGGACGAGAAAGAAAUGCUUGGGGGUGAUUGCAACUUCUUUGAGUAAGAAUGUCACAAAGAAGCUGCAAAUUGAGGCUAAAGUAACAAUUUCUGCAUGUGGGUCUAUAAUGACGCCCCCUCUAAUGAUCUCUAGUGGCUUGAAAAAUCCAAAUAUUGGCAAGAACCUCCACAUCCAUCCUGUUCAAAUGGUAUGGGGAUACUUUCCAGAACAUAUAUCGGACCUCAGAGGCAAAAUGUAUGAGGGAGGGAUCAUUACUUCGCUCCAUAAGGUGGUUUCGGAGGAUUCCAAUGUCAAGGCCAUUAUAGAAUGUCCUGCAUUAGGACCUGCCUCAUAUAGCGUAUUACUUCCAUGGGUUUCAGGGCUUGACAUGAAGGAGAGGAUGGCAAAGUAUGCUAGAACUGCUAUCCUUUUUGCAUUGGUCAGAGAUCAGGGUUCAGGAGAGGUGAAGACAGAGGGUGUCAUUAAUUAUCGAUUAAGUCAGAUUGAUAAAGAAAAUCUUCAAGUUGGGAUGAGGCAGGCUUUGCGAAUUUUGGUUGCCGCUGGAGCUGUUGAAGUGGGCACAUUUAGGAGUGAUGGCCAGAAAAUUAAAUGUAAAGGAAUUAAGGAGAAGGAGUUAGAGGAGUUUUUGGAUACGGUAACAACAGUUGGAGGGCCAGGGUCUAGGGGAGAACACUGGACCAUGUAUUGUUCUGCACAUCAAAUGGGAACUUGUAGAAUGGGUGCCACAAAGGAAGAAGGUGCAGUUAAUGAGAGUGGUGAAAGUUGGGAAGCAAAAGGUUUAUUUGUAUGUGAUGCAAGUGUUCUACCUACUGCAAUUGGGAUCAAUCCCAUGAUUACAAUCGAGUCCACUGCUUAUUGUAUUUCAAAGAGGAUUGCUGAGUCCUUGAAAAGUGAAAAGAUUGUGGAGGAUAACUAACGUUUCUCAUCCUAUAUUUUGAUUAGUCUUAGAAUGAUUUUAAAUAAAUUUGUGUAAUGAGAAAACUAAAGGAUUAGUUUUUAGUUAUAAAUAAAAAUAUUGUUUGCAUUAGUUUCAAUUU